AUGUCAGGCUGGCCUGCGACACAGAACUCUUCAGCAGCUCCGCAGUCGUCUGGAGAGCACUCCGCGGUGCAAUCAGCGCACUCUUUGCUGUCGAUUUACCCCUUCGCUUCUGCCAAUCCUUCAACUCACGUAACCCGUCAUUUGAGCUCUCUCAGCUUAAGUGCUGCUCCACCAUCCGCUAUUCAACCCCAGUACUAUGCGACUCUUCCACGCGGCAGACCACCGCCUCAGUACACAAAUUACCCAGCAGAGACCAUAUAUCUAGCCUCCGGUCCACAUAAUGGCGAUGUAUAUUGGGAAAACGCGCGAAACGAGGCGUCUAACAUGAUUUCGGCACAAGUCGAGCACUCCUAUGCUCACCCAACACCUUGGACUCCGACUACCGCCCAGCUGUCGACUUAUCGCUCCAAUCCUUUUGCCCAGGCUAUAAUGCACCGAACGAAUCCGGCCACCGCUUAUCCCACACCACCUCCACCAUCCACCUCGUCGUCCUCACUUGCAAAUGCCUUGGGUCCACUACCAUCAUCACAGCAGUCUGGCAGCGUCUACCGACCGAACCAGUCACCCGCUUUCUUUGACCAAUUCAUCGCCCAGAAUUCACCAGGCGUUCCGGAUAGCACAACUUCGACUCACAAAGCUGCAACUCUGCCCCAGAUGACCACAUCUCCUUCAAGGCCUCCCGUUCCGACUUGGUCAGGAACUCCGCUUCAGGCUGCUCCCACAAUUCGUGCAAUAACCCCUCCGCCAUUGGCCAGGAAACAGCUCGUCGAGGAAAGUCCUGAUCCUCUUGCUAUCCAGUCCACACACCCUAUAAUCACCCCACGGAAAAGGAAGUCGGAAUAUGCACUCCACUCUCCGACUCUGAAGCGGCUGAACUCACCGCACACGACGCCCGUCCCAAUUACUCCCAGCAGCGCAGCUGGGUCUCGUGCCAGCAUGCCCGCCACGCCUAGUUCGACGCCUUCGAAGCGUUUUACACUAGACUAUGUCGCUGUCCCACCCGUGCCCUAUGUCAUCACUCCCAAAUCAUCGCUCAAAUUUUCCAUACGUGCCCCAGUUGAUUCACCAAAUGAGUUUGGUGGUUAUGGGUCAGAGGAGGAUCGUUACUCGCCUUCAAAAGUUAUAACCUCGGCUAGGCGAACGGGCGAUCGCGACGAACGGUCAUCACUAGAAAGACUGACUUCUCUGCUGGAGGAUAUCUUCGAAGCUGAAGACGCCCUUAUGCCCGAUACAGACAUCGCCCUUCUUCCAGCGGAGUUCUUUUCACAUCACACGACCACUGACGCCAUUCACCCGCUGCUCAACCAUACACUGAUCCGCAAACUUAUCAAGUAUAUAUCGCAGGUCGCCCAACCAGGCAAACGACAUAGACAUUCCGCUGCUGUGGGUAACACACCCAGGGCACAGGAAAAGUCCCUCGCUGAUGUUGACACCCCUACUCUAUCGCGAAUCCUCAAAAUCCUCGAGCGAAGUGUCAAAGCGGGCGAGGACAUUGAUCCGUUUCCUGGUCCGCCCGUCGCUGCCUCAUCAUCACCCAAGAAGCCGACCAAGAAGAGUAAACCCAGGCGACGUUCAAAAUCAGCCUCCGGAGACGAGGCUGAACCGGAGACAGUUCAAGCUGAUGAUGCUCCUGCAGGUUUGACCGACAGAGACAAAGCAACGCUGGCCAACACACUAGAGCUUGCGAGGGAUAGUAUGUUGGGUGUAGAAUGCUGUUUGACGCUUUUGAGCGCAGGACGGCUGACAAAACAAAUCUAUUCAGAAGAGCUCAUCACCGCAUGCCUCAGUGUCGUCAAGAAUCAGCUGACUAAAAUUAUCUAUCCCUUUGUCGAGGCCUCCGUUGGUGGCGCCGCUGCCAAUGAACCCCUUCAACAUGUUCUCAAAACCGGAGAUAAUCGGCAAAUGCUUGGCGAAACUUAUAGAGCAAUCACCGCGACAUUGCCUCGACUUACUGCACUAGUCAACACCGAAACUGUGGCGAUGUCGGAUGCUAUUAUUAUUCAGGCUGUAUAUGUUGCGAUCGGACCAUUUUUUGUUGUGGAUUCAAGUGAAGAGGCUGGUGGAAAGAAGGAAAAGGACAACCCUGUUAUCAGAACAUUUGGGAACACUGCUAUGCGUGCCUUGCGAUUGGAUGCUUUAUCCUUGAUUCGUGCUAUUUUUGCAAACCACGAUGAUCAAAGGGACUGGAUUAUAGAAGAAAUAUUAUCCUCAUUGAUCAAACUAUCCGACACUAAACAAAAGGCGGGAAACUUCAGGCUCCGAGACGGACGCUCCAUACGAACUGUGUCUGCCCUUCUACUGCAACUCGUUCAAACGUCGGCACAUGAUAUUCGCGUUAGCUCAGCCAAUAUUGCGAAAGAACGUCAACAAAAAAUCGCUCUGCGGCGCCAGGAAAGUUUUUCUGAGAGCCAGAGUCAAGUUCUAGCCAACGAAGACUUCUUGGAUGAACAGGACAAUGCGGCAAGAUUUUCUUUUCAUCCUCGCUCUUUUCGCUCUGACAUCAUUCAGGAAAUCCGACUGUACAAAACUGGUCUUGAAUCUGCGCAUAAGGCUGCAAAGAAAAUCAUCAUGUUUCUGACACAGAGAUCUGGCAAAACUAAGGCGACUAAAAACUCAAAUGAGGCUGAAUAUAGGGCAAUCUUCGAUAAUUUCAUGUCGGACAUGUUAGCGGUUCUUUUCUGGCCAGAGUUCCCAGCGGCGAGCGUGAUUUUGAAUAUCGCAUCGCGAUUCAUGUUAACGUCUCUCGAAGACAUCAAAUCGGCACAAACAGACAACAAUGCUGUCAAAACAAUGGCAUUAGACCACUUGGGUGUCGUUGCGGCACGAAUACGAAGCACAACAUUGAAGUGCGAGGCCGACCCGAUAACGAAGAAACCACUCCAGCCCUUAGAUGACCUCGUGGCCAAUUUGGACCUAAAAGGCCUCGAACGUCUCCUAGCAAGCCACCGCGAUGUUGUUGCUCAUCUUUCCAAACGCUCAUCCGAGGAACAGGCAUAUGAUAGUGCUCGUGAAUUGCAUGCUGCAACCUUUGGCCAAGAGCUUGCGAUUGCAUUAAGGCGCCUGGAUGACUUGAUUUCACAUCCAGACGAGGAGGAAGAUCUUGUGCUGAGAGACAGCGCCCAACUGACGACCUUCGGAAACAAGGUCAAAUCAGCUCUCCAUGCUGUGUGGAAGGAGCAACCUGCAGAUGUAUUCGAUGCCGGCUCCCAGGAGGAGGCGUUGCGAAUCGACCGAACGUCAGAAGCGAUCGGCACAAUCCAAACUUUGCGCAAUUCUUUCAACCCGAUUCUCAAUGUCAUUCUAGGCGCUCUCGAUGCACCACCCAUCUUCAUCAGAACAAAGGCUCUGAAAGCCUUGGGCCAAAUCGUGACAAGUGACCCCACCAUUCUCGGCGAGGCCAAUGUUCGUCGUGCAAUCGAGAGCCAUUUGAUUGAUUCGUCGCCCGCUGUUCGGGAUGCUGCUGUCGAGCUUAUUGGCAAGUACAUGAUCGAUUCUCCGGAGGUCGCAGGCAACUAUUACACCAAAAUCGCGGAUCGAAUGGCUGACACGGGGUUGUCAGUGCGGAAACGUGUCAUCAAACUUCUCAAGCAGUACUACACUGUGAUCCAUGACAUCGAAACCAGGACUGACAUCUGCAAACGACUUGUUAUGCGUAUGGUUGACGAAGACGACACCGUCAAGGACCUGGCGAUCAAGACGAUUGAAGAGCUGUGGUUCCCCUUGCCUCUACAAUCUGCCUUGAAAUCGAGAGGCUCUGUAUCCAACCCAGUUUCUCAAGAGCAACCGCCUCUGCAAACCAAAGUGGCUGUGAUCAUGGGCACUGCUGCCUGCUUCACUGACCGCCAGUCGCCGCUGGAAGACAUCCUCCAUCAAAUCAUAUCGACGAGCGAAAAUCUUCACGCCCGCUAUGCUGAGAUCUGUGAAGUUCUCAUCGAGGCUCUCGUUGAUGCAACCGACCUCCCAGGCUUUAUCACUCAGACGGUGAUCAACUGUGUUCGAACAAUUUAUCUGUUCACCGCCGCUUAUCCUGCCGUUUUUUCGCACUCUCAUGCAUCGACUCUCCUCUCUUUUUUGAAAGCAAAGCCGACGUCUCAGGAAGAGCAGACGACAAACGAAUAUGUCCUCAAGAUCUUCCGCGCAUCGAUCCCACAUAUGCCCAAAACUGCAUUCAAGUUCGGACAAGACUUACAAAGUAUAUUGCAGCCCAUGGUCGUCAAACCACCUUCAUUGAGUGGCCUAAACGAUGCUGUGGCUUGUAUGUGUACGGUCGUUCAAUGCCUCACCCAUGACUUUGUCCGUCUGGUUGCUCUUCUCAAAUCUUGCAACAGUUGCAUUCCAGACCUGAUUCAGCGGAGUAUCCGUGUUUCCUCUGCUUCCGACGACCUGCGUCAACUCGCGAUGAUCGUGGUCAUCACUGCUCUGGUAUGUGAGCAUGCUGAUUUCGACAAGAUUCGGGAGGAAAAUCCGGCCAUUGCCACUGACUUGGACUCUAUCAACCCAACGGGCUCCGUCAUCGACUCUGUUUUCGACAGCUUCGUGAAACUGUACAAGAAAUUCACGGAUCCAGCUCUUCGAAUUCGACUGCUAUCUUGUCUCGGUAAAGCCCAACGCAUUACUUUCAGAGUUGUUUUUACUCAAUCUUUGGGGAAAGGGUGUCUGUUCCGUGCGCAACCGACUCUAAUGACGACAACCCCCUCAGCUGAGCUUAUGGACGAAAUCUUUGCUUCGUCAGAUGAAGACCGCCGAGGACGUCUUCUGAAGAUGUUCCAGGAAUUCCUUAUCUCUGAGGCGGACAAGCACGCGGCUAAGCAGAAGGACACAUCCGCUAUCAAGUCCAAGGUCAAGGCGGAUGUGAACAUGGAUGAACUCGUCGGCAACACAGACGGAUUCGCUGACUCGGGGGUGAGUUCAGCUGUCGUUCAGCGAUAUAUGGCGCAUAUACUAGAAGCUGCCCUCUCGCGAAAUUCGGCCAUUCAGGUGGCUGCUGUUGACGUUCUCACGUUCACCAUCAAACAAGGAUUGGCACAUCCUCUGCAGUCCUUCCCAGUCAUCGUUGCUCUGGAAACUUCUCCUAAUCCUGUGUUGUCGGGACGAGCGACGGCAUUGCACGGUCUGCUCCAUCAAAAGCACUCGUCUCUUCUGAAUACCCGGCAUAUCCAAAGCGCACGCGCCUCGUUCGACUACCAGCGCACAAUUGAUCCAGCCCACGUGCACGGCUACCGAGACGGGACUGCUUUGCUCGGUAGAUGGUAUGCACUUGUGCGGGAGAAACGACAGACACGACAGGAGUUCCUGAAGCUCUUGGCCAAAGUGUUCCACCCUGCGCGUGCUGACGAAGCGACGCAAGACGAAGUGGACUUUGUGCGCUAUAUGGCCGAGAACUUUGCGUCGUUCGAGUAUAAAACGCAAGAAGAGGUCAUCACGGUCAUCAAAGAUCUGACGGCCAUAUUGUCUGUCGAGGGCAUGCGUGUGCUCGAGAUUAUUUCGCCGUCCCACCUCAUUUCCCAGCUUCGCGGAGACAUCGCGAUGGAGGUCGACCAUGGAGCCCCCCAGAGCAGAACGCCGUUGAUGCGCGCGUCGGUCAUCAUCGGCAUCGUGAUGCUCCUCAAAGCGCAUCUCAAAGCCAUGUACUCCUUGUCCGAAGAAAAAUGUUCCAAAUUCGUCAUGAACAAGAAGAGCGCCGUUGGCGACAGGCCCGCGACCCCGAAGCACAGGAACGCCAUUUCUUGGGACCGUCUACCAUUCGCAACGGCCCCGAUCCUGACCUCAGACGACUGUGAAGCACAGAAGGAGAAGUUCCUUGCUGUUUGGAAUGAAGAUGGGGUGACCGCCGAACCGCAAGAUGAAUUCCAAUGA